ACUGGACGUAGUAGCAAGUAUAGUCGGAAGUUGAAGCUCGCUUGAAAUUAUACCUGAAGUGAAUACCAGAAUUGAUUCUAGCUUUUCUCAGAACUGAAUGAUAUGAGUGCAGUGUUGAAGAACUAACGAAAAUGGGAAAGAUGCAACAGAAUGCAGCUGUUCAUAUACAAGAUGCCUAUAAAUCAUAUGACCAGAAAGCAGUCCUUGAGAACUUCUGUAUGACUGUACCGAAAGGAUGUAUUUAUGGUCUUCUUGGAUCUAGCGGCUGUGGCAAAACAACUUUAUUGAGUUGCGUUGUUGGUAGGAAAAAAUUCAAUUCUGGAGAUCUUUGGGUCCUGGGAGGAAAACCAGGUACAGUAGGCAGUGGGGUACCCGGUCCCAGAGUAGGAUUUAUGCCUCAGGAUAUUGCUCUUGUGGGAGAAUUCACAGUACAAGAUGUUAUGUACUAUUUUGGAAGACUUGCUAAUAAGAGUGAUUCAGAAAUUUCCACGAGCUUUCAAGAACUGAAGCAGCUGCUUGAACUGCCGCCUGAUGAAAGAUGUGUAAAAGAAUGCAGUGGCGGUCAACAAAGAAGAGUAUCUUUCGCUGCUGCACUGAUCCACAAACCAGAAUUACUUAUAUUGGAUGAGCCAACUGUGGGUGUGGAUCCCAUCCUCAGAGAAAAGAUCUGGAAUUAUUUGUCGGAAUUAACCCAUACACAAAACACGGCUGUGAUAAUCACCACACAUUAUAUAGAAGAGACCAGGCAAGCCAAUCUUAUUGGUCUUUUGAGAGGCGGAAAACUUUUGGCCGAAGCAUCCCCUGAUGAACUUCUUCGCAAAUUCAACACAGGAAAUUUGGAAGAAGUUUUUCUGAUCUUAAGUCAAAAGCAGGAAGCUGGAAUUUUAGAUACUACAUUCAAGUCGACUGAAAAUGACUUCAACUCCAACUUAAGCCUCGAAACCGAAUCUGAAGGAAAUAAUAGAUCAAUGCAGAUCCUCACUCAACCAAAGAAAGAAAAGAAACCAAAGUCCUUGAGUACCAUGACGAUCAACCUCCACAGAACAAAAGCGUUGUUUGGUAAAAAUUGGAAACAGUUCUAUCGAAACACAAGUGGACUCCUAUUUCUUCUGUUAUUUCCACUGCUAGAGAUUUUUGCCUUUAUGAUAGGAAUUGGGAGAGAAAUAAAAAGUAUACCAAUAGCGAUAGUGAAUGAUGAAAAUAUGAACAACAUUUGUUCGGGCUUUACUAUUAAUGGUAGUGCUAUACCCUAUGGAUAUAUAAACUGUCAUUUCUAUAACUUGAGCUGUAGAUUUUUAACAUUUCUGGAUGAUCCUAUGUUAGAUAUGAUCUACGUCGAUAGCAUGUCGGAAGCAAUGAGUGGAAUAAAACAUGGAAAAUGGGUUGGAGCAAUACACCUUUCAAGAAAUUAUACCGCAGCUUCCGAGGAACGCUUCAACUCAGGUCCUGAUACGACAGAUGAUGCCUUAGAUUCAAGUCAGAUUAAAACUUAUCUUGAUAUGUCAAAUCGUCAAAUAGGCUAUACAAUAAAAUACAAAUUACUGGAUCUGUAUAUGGACUUUCAAAAGAGCAUCUUCAAUGAUUGUGAUUUCGAGAAGGGAUUUGCAGAAAACCCCAUCAAUUUUUUUGAUCCCGUUUAUGGAAUAGACGGAGAACAUUUCACUGAGUACCUACUUCCAGGAAUUGUCAAUACAAUAGCCUAUUUUUCUGGAACAUUACUCACCUCUCAAAUAAUAUUAACGGACCGACUGGAAGGUGUUUGGGAUAGAUCAGCUGUAGCCGGUGUUACGGCAAUGGAAAUUACUAUAACCCACUUCAUCCUACAAUUUUUAAUAUUGCUUGUACAAAAUUUGGAGAUAUUUGCAGUUGCCUUCCUCCUUUUCGAACUAACGAGUGUUGGAAGUUUAUUCACUUUGUACUCCCUGAUUAUUCUCGAGGGCAUCAAUGGAAUGGCACUUGGGUUUUGGAUAUCAAUUGUGAGUAGCAAUUAUACAAUGGCAAAUAUUCUCACAUGCGGAGCAUUUUAUCCCAUGAUUUUACUUUGUGGAGUGAUAUGGCCAUUGGAAGCACAACCUAAAAUAAUGCAAUACAUUUCGAGUUUACUUCCAUUUACUAUUCCGACACAGUCCUUCAGGAAUGUCUUUAUGAAAGGUUGGGGUCUGGACCAUCUAGAAGUACUGAAUGGUGUAGGUGUGGGAGUCCUUUGGUUAAUCUUUGUUGUAACACUUUGUAUUUUCAAACUGAAAGCUGUACAAUAAAUGCUGCCAAUUUU